UUUGCCCCUAAACAUGGCUUCCAAGCGACCAGGAAGUAAUAGUGUUGUAUGUGAACCAAAGAAAAAGUGCAAACAUAUGACAAUAUCAGUGCAACAGAAAGUGGACCUAUUGAGGAAGCUAGAUAAAAGUGUUUUAGUGCGGACCCUAUGCCAACAGCACAACAUUGGCUCAUCAACCAUCUAUGAUAUAAAAAAGCAGAAGAAUCACCUUCUCAAGUUUUACAGUGAGUGUGAGAGCAAGAAGAACAUGGAAGUUCAUAGAACACUUAAAGAGGGUUCUUGAGUGGGAAAAGCAGUUCUCAGAGGAACACCAAGAUGAUGAGAAGAACCAUGCCACUUUGUUGAAGAUCCUCAUGGAAUUAGUACCUAAACAUGGCAAUAAGGUCUCUGUGUUGGACAUAAUUUGAGUGUCAGUAUAGAGACUUGCUGGCAGUUGGCUUUGGUAAUAUAUUUUUGUCAUUGGUAGAUCAGGAAAGAAGAUGUCCAUGAGCUGCAGAAUGCCUCAUAUAAUGAAUAAUAUUCUCCUAACUGCAUAUAAGACUAUCAGUAAAUCCAAAGGAAGCAACAACUGUUCUGUCUAUGUAUUUGAAAAACACUAGUACCAUGCAGAGUUUCAGCCAAAAAUACAGACAAAAGUUUUGAGCUAGAUGGGUGCCAUUAAGUUAAAACAAUGUACUUACAAUUAUGAUAGCUACUGCAUGAGGCAUCUGGAGUUAGAAGGAUAUGUAGCAACUUUAAUACUCAAUCCCAGGGGGGUAAACAAAAGGGUGAGGAGUGCUGCAAACCUGCUGCUGAUCUCCUUUAUCAUUUUCAUGUGCAAGAGACAGUUGUAGCCUACACUAAAGAAUAUUACUAUAGCCUACAUUAAAGAAUAUUACUAUGAAGUCACACUACACUACAUGUUUUAUAGGCCUACACUUAUACUGCUUUAACAUUAUUCUUUUUAUUUUCUUGAUUUGUUUUUAAUGGUAAACUAUGAAUUUUAUUAUUUUCUUGUGUCUUGUCCUUGGUCUGUCUCCUUUACACACAGACAAAGACUAAAAUAUGACAUUUUUGUUUUUGUCCUUUUCUUUAUAGUUUCUCUUAUAUAUUGAAAGAAUUGUUUCUUGAAAUGUAAAGUAUCAUGAUUAAUAAAUUGCAUGUUAUAAGUAUAAUUAUCAUGAAACAUGAGCUAGAUUUACAAUGUAUUGCAAAGGUGGUAUGUAUGUAAUGACUCACUGAUACCAGAUCCUGUUGUACUGUUAGCUGAACAUAAGGUGAAUAAAGGGUCUAAAAUGAGUGUGCCUAUCCAUUUCUCCUUGUAUGGGGAUUAAAUCUAAUAUAUAUGGGUUACUAGGGGGUAAUGUUUGUUUCAGAUUUGUUUCAAGCUUUCAUGAACGUUUGUGAAAUGUUCAUUGAACGCUUUUUUGUUAACAAAAAAUGGGGGAGUAUUUAUGGUGUGUUUUAGGUUUGCGAACGUAGGUUUGUGCACCCUCAGAAAUCGUUCAACAUAUCAUCAUAGAACUUCAAAUUUCUGGGGGGAAAGACUUAAUCUAUAUCACACAGGGUAGCGUUGGUUUAAGAGGGUAUCACACUGGCCUAUGAUACACGGAACGCAGACCAUAAUUCUUGGUGUGAAACCAGGAACAUUAUCACACACAAGCUGGCCGCAUUCUUGCUAUGCUAGGCAAACAGCCCAGCAACCAAGAUCAAGCCUAAUGAAAACAAACCAGAACAAAACCAUGCCACUUAUAUCUCAACCUGCACUUCCAGUUAUUGCAGAAAAGGAAGAAAAAGGAAACUAGGGAAGAACCGAGAGCUGCGCAUCGGCAACUUUUGGAGUCAGGGGAUAGUUGCCAUGAACCCAAACUAUCGACAUAAUAUACAGGCAAUCUCCAUUUAACGAAGGUUCACACAA